GCUGCCCUCUUGUGACAAUUUUUCUGCUGGAAACUUGUUGCGAUACGGUACUGGCCAAAACAGCUAGCAGCUAGCUAGCUAAUGUUAGCCACUCAGUAGCCAGUAGCAGUCGUAGCGCUGAGAAACUCGUGCUCCGUCCACACACCAAUGACAGGGACACUGAACCUACAAAUAUGCGCCUGGAUAUUGACUGAUAUUUGGCUGGCUAGUUUUUCUUAUCUUCAUCGCUAACGCUCUGUCAAGCUAUCUCUGAUCUGAAGAGCGCAGUAACUUAACUCUCGGAUAUGGAUCCUGAACGACUGAAACGAAGAGAGGAGAUUCAGAAAGCAAUGAGCUUUAUCCAGUCAUCAUUGCCUUUUCCAGAGCCAGAGAGUUAUGAGCCUUUUCUCACCCAGUUGGUUUGUAACUUGCUGGAUGAGGGCAAUUCUUGCUUUCGAGAUGGGGACUGGCGCCAGGCGACUCAGCAGUAUGGGGAGGGCAUAAGUGUUGCCCGCUACGCCCAGGCUGAGGCCCUUGUCAUCCCUCAUGAGCUGCUCAAGAGCCUUUACGUCAACAGGGCUGCUGCCUACUACCAGACGAGGGAGUAUGAACGAGGUGUUCAGGACUGUGACAGUGCACUGUACGUGUCAGAAGGCAGUCGCAGGGCUUUGUACCGCAAGGCACUUUGUCUGAGGGAGUUGGGACGACUCAGAGAGGCCUAUGAGUGUGGAACCAAAUGUCUCCUCACAGCACCACACGACCGACAGGUGAGUGACCUGGCUCAGGAUCUGGCCAAUAAACUGGGCCUGAAGGGUCGUAAAGCUUAUGUCAGCCUUCAGACAGAGUCCACAGCCAGUGAAGGGGAUGGUCUUGGGGAGACUUCUCCACCCACAGGAGAGAUGUCCUCCAAUGGACUGGAAUCUCUGGGUGACAUUGGACCAGCGGACAUGUCCAAUGCACAGUGCAUCCCAGCUCCUUUGGCCACGCCCAUCCCAGUCAGUGAUGAACCAGCGACCCCUGUAGUGACCCCAUGCACCGACUUGUCAGAGAGCCCCAGCAGCCAGGCCCUGCCUCCCAUGCCGUACUCUGUCCCGGUGUCCGAGCACAUGGACGAAUGCAGCAGCGUCAUCAAGGACGAGCUAGACAGUCUGCUGGAAUGCAUCCCCAAGAAAGUCAGUGAGAGUCCAGUGCAGGGAGCUAUUCCCACCAACCUUCCCAACACGGCCGUUGCUCUCCGGCCUCCGUACUCCCCCAACCUUCCAGCCCCGUCAGCCCAGCUUCCCCCAGCCUUCUUCAGCUCCCCUAUCAAUGACAUGCCCCCUCUGGAGCCUUAUUCACCAUUGGCCCAGCGGGACCAAGGCUCCACCCAGGCGCAGGACGCACUGGGAGGCUUCUCCACAGGGGCUGCAGAUGGAGAAGGGAAGUCAGGAGUCGCCGCUGGCGGGCUGGACUCAUUGUCUGAGUACACUCUCCCUGGGGGACGAGUGUGUCACAGCUUCAUCCCGGGAAUGCGCAACAACAGUGCUGCACAUGCGAAUGGUCCAGCAGGAACAAACCUGUCUCUGCUCUCCAGGAAUCCUCUGGCAGCCACGCAUGAGUUUCGGCAGGCCUGUCAUGCCUGUUACAGUCGAAUAGGUCCGCGAGUGAUGGACUACAAGUAUCAGCCAGAGGCAGCACACCGCUGCAAGAGAGAUGUGCUGCUGUGUCGCCUCAAAAACACAGAUGACCCCACGUGGAAGAGGAUCCGUCCCCGGCCUGCACGGAACAACUUCCUUGGGGCAUUUGUACUCUGUAAAGAGGUUCAGGAGCGUCAGGAGUGCCAGUAUGGGGAGAACUGUACGUUUGCUUACUGCCAGGAGGAGAUCGAUGUGUGGACCCAGGAGAGGAAGGGUGCACUAAGCCGAGAACUGCUGUUUGAUCCGCUGGGCAGCACAGAGCGACGGGCGCUCAGCGUCACCAGACUGCUGCAGCUCCACAUGGGCAUGUUCAUGUUCCUCUGUGAGGAAUGUUUUGACAGUAAGCCUCGAAUCAUCAGCAAACGCAGCAAAGAAAACUUAGCAGUCUGCUCAAAUCUCACAGCUCGACACCCGUUCGACGAUAACAAGUGCCUGGUGCAUGUGGUGAGGUCAGCCAAUGUGCGCUACAGUAAGGUGCGUCCCCUGCACCCCCUCUGCCAGUUCGACGUAUGUCGCCAUGAGGUUCGCUAUGGCUGCCAGCGUGAGGACAGCUGCUCUUUUGCACACUCCGUCAUAGAGCUCAAAUGCUGGGUCCUACAGCAGGAUACAGGUAUCACCCACGAAGAGAUGGUACAGGAGUCCAAGAGACACUGGCAAAGGCUUGAGCAGAACGCACAGAAGCAGCAGAAGCCUAUCCAUAUCCCCCAUCCGAGCAGCAGCGUACCUGCAGGAGGAGUAGGGGGAAUUGGGGGUGGGAGCGGAGGAAUAGGGGGAGAUGGCCUAGGCGGUGGCGGUGUGAGCCCGGUGGGAGGGGUUGGGGUGGGGGGGUUGGGAGCAGUAGCGGGACGGGGACGACCCCUCAACCUAAAAAUGAAAUUUGUGUGCGGCCAGUGCUGGAGAGAGGGACAGGUCAAUGAGCCCGACAAGAACCUCAAGUACUGCACAGCCAAAGCACGGCACAGCUGGACGAAGGAGCGUCGGGUUCUGCUGGUGAAAUCAUUUGAGAAGAAGAAGUGGGUUGUUGUUCGGCCUCUGCCCUUCUCCCGCACCUAUCCACAGCAAUAUGAUAUGUGUGUGCAUGUGAUGAAGCAGAAGAAGUGCCACUAUAUUGGGAACUGCUCAUUUGCUCACAGUCUGGAAGAGAGGGACGUCUGGACAUACAUGAAGAACAACAGCUUGAGAGACAUGCAACAGAUGUACGAACUGUGGCUGCAGCUCACCAAUCAGAGUAGACGCACAGAUAGCUCCGUUGUGACCCCGCCUCCAGAGGACAAGCAGGUCACCAUAACAGCAGAUUACACAGAAAGCAUGGGACCCCGGCGGUUGUCAGAUGGGGACGACCUCUGAGCGUUGCUGUGUCGACCAGAGGCAGCUGAUCGCCGCUGAGCUGCAGCCAGAGACAGAGAGACAGGCCUGCCACACCAGCUACAACUGAACAGUCUGUCACCUUACCAGUCAGACCUCCUCUAGCCUCUAGCCAGCAGUGCAAAAGCAGACGGACACACAACAGAAAAGUUGACGCGCACACACACACACACACACACACACACACACAUUCACUCAGCAAGAUACACAAAUUACAGGCACAGAUUAACACACAGAGAAAGCUUUGUUAGUGAAAAUGCAGGACUUGGCUUUAGCGUUUUGUUUUAUAUCAUGCUGCAGUUACACACAGCACCUUUAGGGUUCCCCUCCAGCACAUUACACCGCAGUAAUUCCACAGACAACUAGUUCUACUGGUUCAACUAGUGUUCCCUAGUGCUCUUUGGACUGAGCAAUUCCAUGUCCACCAGGCACCUCUUUUAUUUUUAUUUUUAUUUUUAUUUUUAUUUUUUAAAUCCUCACAGCACUGAAACAAUUCUUGGUUGGGCGCGCUGGUCGCAGCUCUUAAAUAUUGCUUGGUGAUAGUUGAAAACUCAAUUGAAGCGUGGCGCUCUUACACAAAAAGUUUAAGUUUUAGCUUUGGAGUGCCAAAAAUGCCAAGCCCUUAGUGCUGUCGAUGGCAGUCUAGACUGAAGAAACUAUGAAGAAUAAUUGAAAGAGGUUCUUGGGGGACAUUCCUCGUUAAGCUGCAUAACAACCAAAUCCCACUCUCCUUCCUUCAUGGGAAUAUAGCGAGAGGGUCAAAAUAACUUUUUGGAGAUUAAUGAUUUUAAGCGUCAUUUUUUUUUUCUUCCAAGGGGAGUUGUACUUCCUUGUUAUAUUGUCUGCCAUAUUGGUAGAACGUUAUGAAUGUAACGCCUGCAUGGGCCUUUGAAACGAGGAAAUUAGUCAUUUAAAACGUUGCUGUGGUUGUGGAAUGUAUGCAAGUAUACUUAGAUGCCCAAAAACAAACUUGUGUAACAUCACAGUGUCCUCCGGCCCCCUCUGUAUUAAUAGAAAAAAGCUCCUUUUGAUAGCUGGUUAUGUAAUCAUACCAACUGUUCCGAUGUGGGAUGAGAACAGACACGCACACACCCUCACAAUAUUAACCUUGUAGUUGCUGUCAGCCAAACGUCCAGAUGAAUCUAGGCAUGCUUGAAUGUCAGCUCUUCUCGGGUUGACAAAAAAAGACGAUUUGGCAACAAAAAAUCUCAACUAAACAUCUGUGGCUAAAGUACACAUGGCUAACGGCUCAAACUAAUUGUCAAUAAAGCGACCAAGGGGGGCUACACGGCGUCAUGUGCUUUAAGCAGCUGAUAGGUGUGAAGCUGGUGUAGGAGGGCUUACAGAGAAGUGACUGCAGCACACAUGCAAAGUCCUGCCUAGAGCCGCUCUCAGCAAUAGAUCAGUUCAGACCGCAGAUGCCCGUUAAGAAAUGAUGACCUCACUUGGACUGAAGCACAGUGUAAAUACUGACCGUGCAGAAGACUUAAGUUGUGGAAAAAAAACAAGAUAACAGCUUUGUAGUAAUUUAAGAAAAAAAGAUGAAUGAUAAUUUAAAGACUGAAAAGCUGUGAGAAAAUGAUUGAAGAAAAGAUUGAAGAUGAUUAAGAAUAUAUUUUUCUAUAGUCAAUCAUUUGAUUAUUUAAGAUAAUUUGAAUGUAACGGCAAGUUGCCACGUCUUCAGCUGAACUGGGGUCAUUAUUUCACUGAAAACCCACCAUGCUCCCACAGCCUUCAAAUGGAAACCUGUGUUCUUCAUGUGCACCCAAAUGUUUUGUUCCAGACAGCUAACGGUAGCCCUAAGAUAAACCUUUUCGAAACGGGAAACCUGCUAGCUUGAGACAGGGAAACGAUUCGCACCACACAUUGUGCCUAAAAACAACACGUCAACAUGUGAAACUAACACACAUGCGGAAACGUGCGCGCGCACAAACACACACACACACACACACACACACACACACACACACACACACACACACAGAGAGAGAGGCAGGAUAUCUGUUGUCAUCAUAUUCUAGCCUUUAAUGUGGACAAAGACGAUGGAGGUAUGUCUAUAUUCAGAUACAUAUACAGACAUAUUAUGCAUAUUUACAAAUAAUGGUAUACUACUAAUAAUAAUUGAUAACUUAGCGGUUAAGCUUAAUAAAUAUAUAACCUGAAAACCUGUAUUAAUUACAUAGAAGAACUUCUUGUUAUUGAGGUAUUGCUAUGACAUGUAUCGCUGAACUAGAUGACUAUAGUGAUUUUUUUUUUUUUUUUUUUUUUUUAAAUGAUUCUUUUAUUUCGUAAUUUUUCCUUCUGUGUGGGUUGUUCCAGACAGGGUUUGUUUGAAGGGAUUGCGACAGAGAUUUAUUUGAGUUUCAGGCUGAAUAUGUAGAAAAGGAUUCCUGAGGGUUAACUUUUUCUGUCAGAGCAGAGAAGUUACCCAACUGUGAGGGGGGUUUUUUUUGUUUUUUUUUUAUUUUUAUUUUUGUUUUGUUUUUUAACUUCACAAGUGCAGCAGCUACUGGCUGUAAAGAAUAUGGAAAAUUUCCUGUACUGCAAAGUGUAGAUAAAAUUUUCGCAGAAGUUUAUAUUUCUUAGGCAGUAAUAAGAACAUUAUGGUUAAUAGGUGCAAAACCUUAAAAAUGAUUUAAACAAAGAGAGAUUUUUCCCCUCAUACAUCAGGUUGUUAAACCACAGAAUAGUCUACAUGUGUUUUGUGACGUUCCAGCUCUGUCUGCAGUCCUUCCAUUUAGGCCAUUGGAUAAAUAGAGAAUAGAGAAAUGGUUGCAACACCAAAGGCUGCAGUGUCUUAAUUAUCCAGCUCCUGAAAACUGACGUAAUCUGAAUUUAGACGGACAGCCCAGGCUGGGCUGAGCCUAAAAUGCAGAUCUCAGAUCAGUUUUGCUGGUCUCUCAGCAGCGGUUUGGGGGAUUGUUGGUAAUGAGCCCUUGUCUGGAACAUCCCAGGUAUUAGCUUCUUUGAGGGAUCGUAUUACUACUACUCCUAGUAUUAUGAUGAAUAUGAUGACGAUAAUGAUUGCAAUCUAUUGACUAUUUCUAUUUCUCUUCAAUAUGCUAUUGAUAUAUAUGUAUGUUAAUUGCAAUGUAUAACUCUCUCUUUAUAUAUGUAUCCAUGUAUGAAUAUAAUAAUUUACAGUAAAUAUGCGUCUGUGUAUGCGGCAGUGCACAGCUCUGUCUGGGAGGCAGUGAGCAGAAAAACAUCCAACUUCUGAUAAAUACUGUAAGGCUCUUGAGUUUUUAAAUCGUACAGGUGGUGACGUGAGUUGUCAGCAACCAACAGCAGUAGGUUUUCAGUUGUACAAGAUAUUUUACACAGUAUGGUAGACCUGCUAUAUAUUAAUGUUGUCUGAGCUCUCUCUGUGGACCGACGGGAAAAGAAAAAAAAAGGAUAGUUGAUGAUUAAAGUAUAUAUACUAUUAACUGUUUCCCCUUUUCAGUGUCUCAGCGUUGACCUACCAGCAGAGCUCUCUGCUCACUGCCCGUGCUGUGCGUUUUCGUUUAAUUUGAUUCACCAGACAGAAGGACAGAUCUGGAAACAAAAGCAUACAUAGAGGCCUAUAUACUCCCGUAUAGCGCCUUAUUCGAUAUACUACACCUAUAAGAUAAAACAUACCCCUAUUGUAUAAUCCUGCUUACUAUAUACAAUACCUGAUACCUAUUAUAAUACUUAGACACCCUUAUAAGGUAAUUUAGAUAAGACAUGGUGGAGCUGUUUUUUUUUUGUUUUUUUUUCUGUGGCUGUGGAAGAGUUUUCUGUGGUCGGUCAUGUGUUCACAUCUUGUUUUUCAGGGAGUUUAAAAAGGACCAGUUGUUAAGAGAGUGUCACACACUCAAAUGCUCUCUAUCAUUCAAUUUGGGAGAAAAAAUGGUCCAUCCUUGUUUGAAGUCCUGCUUUUAGAGACCUGCUGAUGUGAAUUGACUUUGCAGAAAAAGCAGAGCGUUUGAUGGGAUGCUCCUCUUCCAUUGUUGAAGGACCAGCAUUGAUGAUGUAACGGACGCGCACAGGAACGAAAAAAAAGAAAAAGAAAAAUGUGGAUGUCUGUGCUGCAUGUUCUGUGAGUGUGUUGUUAAAGGCAGGGCGAAUCAUGACAUAAAUUUAAAGGGGAGGCGGUUGCUGCUACUGCAUCUGUACACAAAACAAAUCUCAUACAGUAAUUCUGUUACGUUAGCUCAGCUUUUCUGUCUUAAAGAAACUUGGUUUGCACUGUUGUGCAACUUCACAAUGUAUACUUUCUCAGCGUACCUUAUCAAACACAGCUGAUUGCCAUUCAUGCUGAAAAGGUGGAAACCAGUCCAUGAGAUCUUAGGUUUGGCAGGCAGUGGACAUUAAGCCUAGUGCGCAAAUCACUGUGUCACUGGCCUCAUCUGUGGAAGAGAUUUGGUGCUCAGUUGUUCAAUUUUUGUUCAUCGUUUUGUCUUUCCGAUCCUGUACAGCUCUUUCAAUGCAAUGGACCAAUCGGAGCCAGCUAGAGACAAUUUCGGAAACUAAAAUGCAGCCAAGAAAACAAGAUCCUCUGACUUCAAAAGGCUACUAACAUAAUAAGUUGAUGAUUUUCACAAGGGUGAAUUACUUACGCCAAGCAAUUAUUAUUAUUAUUUUUUUCUCUGACUUCUGGAGUGUUUGCACAUUCUUUACGUGAUUGGAAUAGUGUUUACUAAGUAUGGCUUAACUCGACUGGAACAUGCAUUUAUUAAUCAUACCUACAUUACUUAGCAUUUGUUAAAAGAUGAGGACAAUCUCAGUUAACAGUGAAGUCCAAAUUAUAAUAUUGAUAUAUCUGAAAGGUUACUGCUCCAUACUACAGGCCUCGACCUUUAACCUUUAAGGGUUCCGAGCUCCUCAGGCCAGCUUUAGUGCAAGAAACCCCCAACACAUGCAGGCUGUCUAAUUGCCUUUCAUGCCAACAUUACAAUACAGUAAUUAUUCACCUCGUGUGUUAGUACAAAUACAUGGUGGCAUUUAAAGCAGUGGGGCAACAUCAGUAACGGUUUAUAUUCAUUUGUGAAAAGCAGAAGGUCCGUGCUGAGUUUAAUAGACAGCUUAUUUCUGCGGUUGACGCCAGACCCUCAACCAGACAUAAGGAAAUGUAAUGAAUUGCAUUAACCCAUUCAUUAAUGCAUUAAGUACGAAAAAUCAUUUUUACUCAGCUAUUAUUUUUCCAAAAGUCAUUUGACUGAAUCUCUGCCUGCUCUUGACCAAAGUGGCUCAUAUACAGCAGUUCUAGUCAUCGCAUCCUGCUGCGGUUUAAUGAAAUGACAUGGUUCUCAGCUGUGAAGCAAGAUUUUGCUCAACCAAUACCAUGUGACCCCCCCCCCCCCCCUUCCUGGCCCCCGUGUACAGUUUGCUUCAUUUGAUUUGCAGCACCGAGACAUACCUACACAGCCACAAAAAAACCUAAUGAAUCUGUUUCUCAGUCAGUUCGAAAAUUUUUGAUUAUUUGACUUUUUUUCAACAACUCGGAUAAAGAAACCAGGGUUAUAAGAAGUGGGGAAAAACAAGGCCUUUUUUUGUACUGUAUUUUUACAUUUUGUUGUUUUAUGUUUUGUUUUAUCUUCUUGACUUUGUGUUCUCUUUUCUCCUCCCUGGUUGGUAUUUCGUGAUCUCACAAGUGGACCAAAUCUCUUGAAAGCAUUUAAUAAACAGA